UAAGACCGCUUUACAUGAUAUAAAUUAUAUUAUACAUUUAGUGCCCAUUAUGGAAUAUUAAAAUGUAUAUUGAAACAAUGUGAACGUUUUGAUGUUUUAGACCACAAAGUUGCGAGUAACGUUUAUAUUGAAAAUAAAAUGUGCACGUACACGUCAUUAUCUGUUAUCAUUGAAGUUGUUUGGACUUCCGCAUGUAAGUAAUCCUUCGACAACGGGCGACAUUACCAACAUGUUUUCGUUAGCCGGAUGCAAUAUCAAGCGUAUAGAGCACUUGGUUGUCACAAUUGAGUUUGAGGCAGAUGUGGUCGGAAAUGUCGCCAUACUUCUUGAAUCACCUUCUGGGACAUCUAACAGGUUGAUGAGGUUUCAGCCGUUUAGUUUCCGACUAUCAACGUGGUGGACUCUUAAUCUGAGGGAAAAUGGUCAGACAGAAAAGAAGCUUACAAGCUGGAAGAUUGUCAUUUACUGAGCUGAGGACAUCACACCGGGUACAUUUGUUGCCCCCUUGUGAUGGAGCCGCGGGUAAUGAAUGCUCCAAGGAUCCACUUGCAGUCUGUGUUGACAGUAUGUGUGUGUGUGGUCAAGGGUCGCACCAGGUCGCCAGGAUGUUUAAGAAAAACAAUGUGUUGGGUGGCUGGUGUCAUGAAGGGUCACCUCUCACAGAUCCAAACAGCAAAUGCUUCCAUGGCAUUGUUCACUGUGCAGCUAGAUUCAGCGAAAUAAACGGCACUUGCAUAAAAGUUAACACACAUCACGGACCAGACAUAGAUGGAGUUAUUAGUGGACGAUGCUGCGUCGAGGAAGGUACAGGCUGCGAGAAGGACCCGAAGGCAAUCUGUGUGUGUGGCGUGUGUGAAUGUCCUCCUGGUGUACAACAAGUCAACGAACUUUACCGAAGGGGUAGAUGUACUCAUACAGAGCUUUGCUAAUUAAUUGUUUUUAUCAUUAUCAUGCAUAGUACAUAACUGUCUAUUUUCGGUGGUGUUUAAUCCUUUGAUAGUGUUCAAUGCAAUGCGUUUGAUUACGUUUUGGUAUGGAGUAAUUCAACUGGUUAUCCAGAAGACGUCAUUUGAUAUAUUAUGGGGCUGUUUUUAAAAUGGUUUUGAUUUAUAACAUAUUUUCAAAAGGAGAGAAAGGAGGUUAAUGCAUACGGGGAAAGGGAAAGAACUCCGGUGUGUAGAAGAUUUGUGUGUACCUUGCCCUGGCCAGGCCAAUGCUCACACAUGCCCGAAGGACCACAGGCUAAUCCACUACAACUAUG